GCAUUUCCGUCGGUUUAAAGGAAGGCGCGGGAGCUUGGUUUGCAACGGAAAGGGAGUCUCUUCCUCCGCCUCGUCUCGGGGGCUUCUCCCCUGUCCUCCGUCCUCACUAGGGGACAGUCGCUUGGCUCGGUUUUCUCUCUCCCGAGUUAUUUCUUUGGCAGGGACACAGGUGAGAUCUCCCCACCCGCACUCCGUGCCUCUCCCUUAGCAAUUCUCUUCUCCCCCCAUCCCUCCAUGGGGCAAGGGAAGCGGCUGCUCGCCGUCGGGAACAGGAUGCCGGGUUAGAUGGAGAGGCAAUCCCGAUUUGCUCCUGCGGGCCUCUUCUUAUGUAGAAGGGGUGGAGAGCAGGCCAGAAUGCAAUGGCCUAGGACCACCAGAAAACCACUCGCACCAUGCAAAUCAGAAGGGGUAAUAAUAAACCCCCUUAAGACAAAUGCAGUAUGCAGGAUUGGGGCCACUAAGCCCCAAACAGAUUGGUGCUGAUGAUUAUUAUUAUUAUUAAUUAAAUUUAUAUAUCACCCUAUACCUGGGGGUCUCAAGGCAGUUCACAGAAUAAAAUCAAGAUAUAAAACCACAAAAUACAUAAUAAAAACAAAAACCCAAUACCCCCCCCAAAAAAGCCCACUUAAAAAGGGCAUAGGAUGCAAAUCAGAUCAACCAAAGGCUUGGUUAAAAAGGAAUGUGAUUAGGAGUAUGCAAGAUUCUAGUCCAGGGGUCAGCAAACUUUUUCAGCUGUGGGCCCGUCCACUGUCCCUCAGACCUUGUGGGGGGCCAGACUAUAUUUUGAAGAAAAAAAAAAUGAACAAAUAACCCAGAGAUGCAUUUUAAAUAAAAGCACACAUUCUACUCCUGUAAAAACACCAGGCAGGCCCCACAAACAACCCAGAGAUGCAUUUUAAAUAAAAGGAGACAUUCUACUCAUGUAAAAACACGCAGAUUCCCGGACCGUCCGUGGGCCAGAUUUAGAAGGCGAUUGGGCUGGAUCCGGCCCCCGGGUCUUAGUUUGCCUACCCAUGUUCUAGUCCUUAUUUGAUAUCCCAAGAUUCCAGAGUACCGAUUCUAGUCAAUAACCCAAGAUUCUAGUCCAAACUUUGUCAUAAAUUCAUCCCCAGCGGCAGUUUAAGAAGACAGCUUAAGGACAUAAAGUGGCCUGGAUGAGGCCCAUCUAGUCCAACAUCCUAUUUUCACAGUGGGAAGCCCCCAAGCAGCUCAACUCCUGUGGUUUCCAAAAACAGGUAAUUGCUUCUCCCAAAGAAUGCUGGGAACUGUAGUUUGCUAAGGGGAGCUGGGGAUUGCAGAUUGUAAGUGUUAUGUACUGAAGUUCUCACCCUGGGCCAGCAGGGGGAUAGUUUUCACUCAGGUCCACAUAUGCAAAUAAGGGAUUGAAAGUGAUGUUCAGUGAUUGGAUAGUUACAGAAAGUUGUUACAGUUGUGUUGUACUGGAGCUCUAUAUAAGCAGGCUGGCUGAACCCUUCAGUUCAGUUCUGUUCUGGCCUGUGAAUAAACAAGAGCUGUUUGAAGAAUCGCUGUGUUGUCUGAUAUGUUCACCCACAACUUAACAGUAAGCACUACAGCUCCCAAGAUUCUUUGGGGGGAGGGUGUGCUUUAAAUGUAUGGCCACUCAGUAGCCCAUACUGACUUUCAGAGUCGUUACUUGCCUUAGAAUCAUAGCAGCGUAGAGUUGGAAGGGACCCAGUGCGGUCAUCUAGUCCAACCCCACUGCGAUGCACGAAUAGCAGCGAAGAAGAUCGCUUUGUUUACCUCCUGUUGCUUUGCUCUUCCAGGCAGUUGGUGCUGUGGCGUCGCCCGGGGUUUCCUGUUGCAGGAUUGGCCUCGGGUUUAAAGGGACGACACAGGUGUGGAGGACCUGGACAGGAUGCCGAGAGGCAAGAAGAAAGAAAACAUCCCUCCUUUUCUGAGCGGCUAUGUGGCGUCUGGUAAGCUGAGGCUUCCCUGGAGUCCACUAGGGUGGGGUGGCCUUGACUGUCGGCUCCCUCCUUGUUUAGUCUCAUGGUUGCCCCUUGUAGAGCCCAGCAGGCAGGAGGUGGAGGCAAAUCUGGAAUAAGUUGUCUCCACCUGCCAUUGGCUCUGGCGCCCCCUGCUGUUGGCCUCCACCGGUGCCAAUGGGUACCAGCCAACCACUGCCCCCCUGGACUGUAGCUGGUGUGUCAAUAAAGCUCAAGUGAUCCUAUUAAAUUUUUUUAUUAUGUUUUCAGAAAGGGUUAGGAAAGAGAUAGUGGGAAAUGAUCCAUAAUGAAUUGGGAAAAAAAAUGUUUUAAAGUACUUUCCCAAAAAACCCAAAGUCUUUUCUGUUGGGGAUAAUUCAGACUGAAAUUCCCAGGUGUCAAAAAAGGUUAUUUAUGUAUGCCCUUGUUUUGUUAGCCCCAAAAUGGAAAACGAGCGAGGUCCCAAACAAAGAAGAAUGGCAACUUCAGUUAGCAGAAUAUGAACAACUCGCAGACUUAACAUAUAGAAAAAGAGAACAAGAAGAACAUACAUUUAGAGAAGAUUGGAUAAUGUUUAUUGAAUAUAUGGGAAAUAAUUGUGUACAGCUGAAAAGGCUGGCCGCGUUAAGAUAAAUUCAACAGUGUAAAUAAGUUUUGAUGGGUGCAAUAAUGGAAAACCGAUUGGUAUAGUUCUUGGAAAAUAUGCAGGGAUUUAUGAUAUGUAAAAUGAACCAUGGAAAGAGAAGGAUAGUCCCUGAUAUUUUAAGGAUGUAAAAAUGAGUACUUUAAAUUGUAUAACAGAAAAUUUAAUAAAAAGUAUAAAAAAGGAAAGAGAUAGAGUAAGAGAUACAGGGGAGGGGGGCCCAUUGUUUUGUUUUUGUUCCUGUUUUACAUAUGUGUGUGUAUGUGUAUUUGCAUAUGUAAAUAUAUAUCUUGCGUUUUUAUGCUGGGAUCUUCAGACAAAGAUUGAUUGAAUAAGUACGGUAAAUAAAUAAAUGAAAUUGUAUUGGGAGCAAAGUCAUUGGCAACUCAGGUAGGAUAAAGAUGUGCUCAUGUUUGCGAAAGGGGAGGUUAAAUUAUUAGGAAUUGGUUCGAAAGGUUUAUAGUCACAUCGUUUAUCAAGUUUAAGGAAGGAGGGGUCUGUGGAAGACAGGUGGCUGAGUAGUUUCAGGAUUGGCAUAGUAUAGUAGGCAAGCAGCUGUUGAUACUUGGAUGGAGGUUUUUAAAAAUAUUGAGGAAGUAAUGAGAAUUAGAAAUUAAAUGCAUUAUUUGUCUUUCUACGUCUUGACAUGGGGUAAGAUGCACGAUUAUGGUGUGUCCUGAGGAGUGCAUUGUCUUAGAAUCAGAAAAAAUAUUUGUGUAAGGGUGUCACCUGAGCUCGCUUCCCCUCCUCCCUCCUCCUCCCUUUUUCCUUGUACGUUAUGUCCUUUUAGACUGUAAAACUUGAGGGCAGGGACCCUCUUAGCGUUGAUUUUCCUAAGUCACUCUGGUGGGAGCCAUGUUUGGCUAAAGAGGCAGGGUGCGGAUCCCUGAAGUCGUAUGUCUUUACUCUUGAGCGAUGAUUAUUGCGGGCAUUUGAGAAUUGCUUGAAAUAAUUCACAGAAGAUAUUUUACUACGGGCAAGACAUCAGCAUGCGUUUCUGCUGCCGCUGCCGGCCAAACAGACUGGGUUGUUCUGGAGCUAAUUUGCCCAGCUCGUCUUGAGGACGGAGCUCUAAUUAGAAGUGGAUCAAAGCCUCCUUGCUCCUCUUUUCCACCGCUCUGCAUGCUGGACAUCUGGUUCCACAAUGACUAACUGGGAUCUUAAAUCGUGGGCUCUAAGCUGCUUAGAGCGACUCAGCUGGCUAGCACACUUCGGCUUUCAAGCAUUAAGCGUGCCGUCAGCUGCCGGGGAGAACCCAGCACGGUGGGGGGGUGUUGUUGUUCCUCCGCCCCAACCCAUCAAGGUCAGAGAAGCGAACACAAAGGGGCACCUGCUUCUGCCCCACACCCUACCCCACAGAUGUGGACGGAGCCGGGAGCAUGUCCCACGGUGCCGAUCGGAGUGAGUAAGGCCGCUGCGGGAAGAGAGGCGGUUUUGCUGCAGGAGGUGCGUCGUAAAGCCGCACGCUUACGAUGUGCUGAGAGAGACAUUCGGCAGCUUAGCGCAGGCACAGGCAAAUAGCGUUUGGCUGGGCAGGUGGGCACCCUCUGCUCAGUUUAACAUCCUUGCAGAGGGACGAGACAGGUGGUAACUGCAGCAAAAUGUGGCAGAGUAUCUUGGUGUCCUAGCCAGCCAUCAAAUUCCUACAGCUACUGAGGUUGCCUUGUUCUCAAUGAAUAUACAGUGGUAUUUCAGGUUACAUACGCUUCAGGUUACAGACUCCGCUAACCCAGAAAUAAUGCUUCAGGUUAAGAACUUUGCUUCAGUAUGAGAACAGAAAUUGUGCUCCAGCGGCAGCAGGAGGCCCCAUUAGCUAAAGUGGUGCUUCAGGCUAAGAACGGACCUCCAGAACGAAUUAAGUACUUAACUUGAGGUACCAUUGUACAGUGGUAACGGUAAAGGGACCCCUGACCAUUAGGUCCAGUCGUGGCCGACUCUGGGGUUGCGGUGCUCAUCUCUCUUUACUGGCCGAGGGAGCCGGCGUACAGCUUCCGGGUCAUGUGGCCAGCAUCACUAAGCCGCUUCUGGCGAACCAGAGCAGCGCACAGAAACGCCGUUUACCUUCCCGCCGGAGUGGUACCUAUUUAUCUGCUUGCACUUUGACGUGCUUUCGAACUGCUAGGUUGGCAGGAGCAGGGACCGAGCAACGGGAGCUCACCCCGUCGCAGGGAUUUGAACCGCCGACCUUCUGAUCGGCAAGUCCUAGGCUCUGUGGUUUAAUCCACAGCACCACCCGCGUACAGUGGUGCCUUGGGUUAAGUACUUAAUUCGUUCCAGAGGUCCAUUCUUAACCUGAAAUUGUUCUUAACCUGAGGUACCACUUUAGCUAAUGGGGCCUCCCGCUGCUGCCGCCGCACUGCCGGAACACGAUUUCUGUUCUCAUCCUGAAGCAAAGUUCUUAACUCGAGGUACUAUUUCUGGGUUAUCUGAGUUAUGUAACCUGAAGCAUAUGUAACCCGAGGUACCACUGUAUAUAUCUUUCCCAUCUUUCUAUCGACCUAUAUUUGGGGAGUUUCCUGCUCCUUUUGCUCCGUUUCGGUUGGCACCGAGCACCUGAGUUUGCUAUUAAAGGGAAGUCGAAAACUCUUAUUUGUGGCGGAGCCUGUGAGAAGGAGUGGGUUGGUCACAGCCUCUCUGGGGAGUGGCUGUGUAUCGCUCACUAAUCUGAAAUCCAGGGACGGACUGUUCUAGGACAGAGUCAGCCCCGUGCAACACCUACAGAAUCGUGGCGUGCAUUUGAAACCCAGGGAUUGACGGCGUGAAUAAGUCCUUCCUAAUGUCUGCCCAGAAUCUUGCAGGUUUCAGCUUCCUUAAAUGGCCCUGUUAGAUUCCAGUACUAUGGGAGAAGGGGCGCGGGUGGCACUGUGGGUUAAACCACAGAGCCUAGGACUUGCUGAUCAGAAGGUCGGUGGUUUGAAUCCUUGCGAAGGGGUGAGUUCCCGUUGCUCGGUCCCUGCUUCUGCCAACCUAGCAAUUCGAAAGCACCUCAAAGUGCAAGUAGAUAAAUAGGUACCCCUCUGGCAGGAAGGUAAACGGCGUUUCCGUGUGCUGUUCUGGUUCGCCAGAAGUGGCUUAGUCCUGCUGGCCACAUCACCCGGAAGCUGUACGCCAGCUUCCUCAGCCAAUAAAGUGAGAUGAGCACCGCAACCCCAGAGUCGGUCACAACUGGACCUAAUGGUCAGGGGUCCCUUUACCUUACCUUUACUAUGGGAGAAGGAGGAAACCUUUUUCGCUUUCUGCAAACACAGCGUAAUUUUACAAACCUCUGAAAUGUUUCACUUUCUCACCGUUUUUAGAAACUUAAAUGUUCCGGUUUUCGAACGAUUUUUGGAAGCCAAAUGUCCGACAGGGCUUCCGAUUGGCUGCAGGAACUUCCUGCAGCCAACCAGAAGCCGUGCUUUGAUUUCCAAACGUUUUGGAAGUCAAACUGACUUCCGGAAUGGAUUACGAUCAGCUUCCAAAGUACGACUGUAACAGUGUGCUUUGCUUUCCCACAAUGUACCUGCACCACACAUUUAUUUAUUUAUUUAUUUAUAAGAUAUUUAUUAGGAUUUUUUAAAAUAUUACAAUAAAAAAUGAAAAAAGAAAAACAUACAAAAUAAAAAUGAUUAAAAACACUCAGAUUUUCCAUUGCUUAUUUUUCUUUAGCUUGUUUCCCGGACCUCCUCAUACCUCCCUUUUUUGUAUUCCAGUUCAAUUUGUUGGUUCAGCAAAUCCUUACCCUCUUUAUUUAUCCUAAUCUUUGGUCUUAAAAUAAUAACAUUAAAUUUUUACCUCUUAAUAACCCCUUUUCAUAUUCCCUUAAAGCAUUACAGCUAGAAACCACUUAAUUUCUAUCCAACAUCAUUCUAACAUUCAUUAAUUUUACAAUAUUUCUGUAGAUAAUCUUUGAACUUCUUCCAAUCUUCUUCCACCGACUCUUUUCCCUGGUCUCGGAUUCUGCCAGUCAUUUCUGCCAGUUCCAUAUAGUCCAUCAGCUUCAUCUGCCAUUCUUCCAGAGUGGGUAGAUCUUGUGUCUUCCAAUACUUUGUGAUGAGUAUUCUUGCUGCUGUUGUGGCGUACAUAAAAAAGGUUCUAUCCUUCUUUGACACCAAUUGGCCGACUAUGCCCAGGAGAAAGGCCUCUGGUUUCUUCACGAAGGUAUAUUUAAAUAUCUUUUUCAGUUCAUUAUAUAUCAUUUCCCAGAAAGCCUUAAUCCUUGGGCACGUCCACCAAAGGUGAAAGAAUGUACCUUCAGUUUCUUUACAUUUCCAACAUUUGUUAUCGGGCAAAUGAUAGAUUUUUGCAAGCUUGACUGGGGUCAUGUACCACCUGUAGAUCAUUUUCAUAAUAUUCUCUCUUAAGGCAUUACAUGCCGUAAACCUCAUACCUGUGGUCCAUAACUGUUCCCAGUCGGCCAUCAUUAUGUUAUGACCAACAUCUUGUGCCCAUUUAAUCAUAACAGAUUUCACCGUUUCAUCCUGAGUAUUCCAUUUCAACAGCAAGUUAUACAUCUUUGACAAGAUCUUAGUUUUGGGUUCUAAUAGUUCUGUUUCUAAUUUUGAUUUUUCCACCUGGAAACCAAUUUUCUUAUCCAAAUUGUAUGCCUCCAUUAUCUGAUAAUAAUGAAGCCAGUCUCGCACUUUGUUUUUUAAUUUCUCAAAACUCUGCAAUUUCAGUCUAUCUCCAUCUUGUUCCAAAAUUUCCCAAUAUUUCGGCCAUUUGGCCUCCAUAUUGAGCUUUUUCAGAGCUUUUGCUUCCAUCGGUGACAGCCACCUUGGAGUUUUAUUUUCCAAUAAGUCCUUGUAUCUUAUCCAGACAUUAAACAAUGCUUUCCUGACGAUGUGAUUUUUAAAUGCUUUGUGUGCUUUGACCUUAUCAUACCACAGAUAUGCAUGCCAUCCAAAUACAUUGUUAAAACCUUCUAAAUCCAAAAUGUCAGUGUUUUCAAGAAGCAACCAUUCUUUCAACCAGCAGAAAGCUGCUGAUUCAUAGUAAAGUUUAAAGUCUGGCAGGGCAAAUCCACCUCUUUCCUUUGCAUCUGUUAAUAUUUUAAAUUUUAUCCUAGGCUUCUUGCCCUGCCAGACAAAUUUAGAAAUAUCUCUCUGCCACCUCUUGAAACAAUCCAUUUUGUCCACAAUUUGCAAUGUUUGAAACAAAAACAACAUUCUAGGCAAUACAUUCAUUUUUACCGCAGCAAUACGGCCCAGCAGUGAAAGCUUCAAAUUUGACCAAAUUUCCAAAUCUUUUUUCACUUCAGCCCAGCAUUUUUCAUAGUUGUCUUUAAAUAAGUUCCCAUUUUUUUGCUGUCAUGUUAAUCCCCAAAUAUUUAACUUUCUUAACCACUGUUAAACCUGUCUCAUUCUGAAACCUCUCUCUCUCCAUUGGUGUUAAAUUUUUCUCUAAAACCUUGGUCUUUAACUUAUUCAACUUAAAUCCUGCAACUUGACCAAAUUCUUGAAUCAGUUCUAAAACUCUUUUGGUACUAGAUUCUGGCUCCUGUAACGUCAAUACUAAGUCAUCUGCAAAUGCUCUCAGUUUGUACUGUUUGGCUCCGACCUGUAUACCUUUAACCAACCGGUCCCUUCUAAUCAUGUUCAGCAGAACCUCCAGGACCGAUAUAAAAAGCAAUGGGGAAAUUGGGCAACCUUGUCUUGUCCCUUUUUCUAUCUUAAAUUCUUCCGUCACCACAUUAUUUACAAUUAGUUUAGCCUUUUGUUCUGAAUAAAUUGCACUUAUACCGUUUUCAAAACCUUGGCCUACCCCCAUCCCCUGUAGGUUCUUCUUCAUAAAACUCCAAGAGAUAUUAUCAAAAGCUUUCUCCGCGUCCACAAAUAUCAAAACAGCUUUGGUAUUUAUGUUCACUUCUAGUUUUUCCAAAAUAUCAAUUAUAUUCCUCAAAUUAUUGGACAAGUGUCUUCCCGGGAGAAAGCCCGCUUGAUCUUUAUGAAUCUCUUCCAUCAAUACUUUUUUCAAUCUCUUGGCCAAAAUGUCUGCAAAAAUUUUGUAAUCCACAUUGAGUAAUGAUAUGGGGCGGUAGUUCUUAAGCUGAGUCUUUUCAGUCUCUGUCUUCGGUAUAAGUGUAAUGUACGCCUCUUUCCAAGACUCUGGUGCCCUUUUCCCUUCCAAUAUUUCAUUGCAGACUUCCUUUAAAGGUUGUAAUAGCCACUCUUUCAAAGAUCUAUAAUAUCUAGAAGUCAGCCCAUCCGGUCCUGGAGAUUUGCCUAAUUGCAUGUUUUGAAUGGCACCUUCUACUUCCUGCUCAGAUAUUUUGUAAUUCAGCAUUAAUUUACUUUCUUGGGUUAUUUUGUGGAGUCCAUUUGUCUUCAGAAAUCGGUCUAUAUCCAUUUCCUUCUGUGGCCCUUGUGUAUAUAGUUGUUUAAAAUACCUCUGGAAACAAUUUCUAAUCUCAGUUGGGUUAUGUAUAUUCUUUCCUUCCACUUCUAAAUUUGUAAUAGUAUUUAGUUUUUGUCUUUUUUUCACCUGCACCACACAUUUAAAGCACGUGGCUGCCCGCAGGAAUCUUGGGAACUGUAGUUUGUUAAAGGUGCUGGGAAUUGUGGCUCUGUGAGGGAGAAGUGACAGAGCCCAGGAUUCUUUGGAAGAAGCCAUGCGAUUUAAAUGUACAGUACGGAUGUGGCAUUCAGUAAAUGUAUGUCACUUUUCCACACGUUCUUCCUCCUUCUGCUCAGAUUCCCUGUUUUUAGACAUCGCGGCACGUCCGUAAUCUUUGUUUGCUUUUGUGAAGUCACAGAAUGUUCACGCACAUCCCAACUUGCAAAGUUGAAGGAUCUGAUGUGGGGUCACUGUUAAACGUCAGCCGCGGGAAGGAAUGGAAAGGUAUUUGACAUGCAUGCUGAGUCCUAACAUAAACGGCUUUAUUCUUCCCCUCUGCAGAGCAAACAAACGUCCAGAGAAACAUCAACAUCAAUCUGUACCUGUCCACGGAAAGGAAUGUAGCAGCCGACUCCGUUGUCUGCAGGUCAGACUGCAGAGGAGCGAGUGCCCAGGGGGAAAAGCGGGCUGCGUUUGCGGGAAAGGGAAGCAAUGACCUGCAGCAACACCGGGCGGUUCAGACCAACCUCUCUUGCCCUUAUUGGCCUUUCCAGGAUGCCACCGGUGGCUCUUUACCUAAACAGCAAAGCAACCUUGCGUCGAAACUGCAGAGGGGUGCAUCUGGAGACUCAGAGUUUACCAGAGAUGCACUGAUUUCCUGCCCCUCUCUCUGCUCAUGCUCAGAGCAGCUCGGUUUAAAGGGCAACCCUCCCAGCCACCUCUCAAGUAGAAGCCGCCAUGUCUCUCAUGACUGCGGCACCCUCUCAAAGAACAGGAUGGGAAGCGAGGACCGGUAUGGGUCAAAACCGAGUCACGUUUGUGCGUCGAGAAGAAUCUGCGGGCAUCUCGGGGACUGCGGAGGGUACUUCUCUCCGGCCGAAUUGCCUGUGACAUCGGCUCCUGGCUCCGUUUCCUGCCGGUGUCCUCCUACGAGCCUCAGCAGAAGCGACGACUCUUUCCAUCGUGGGCCAGGCCUUACCUUGGACCAUUUGAACUCUUCGACUUUGGUGGAGAGCGCUCGGUCUUCUGUAGCGCUCCAGACCCUCUUGAAGUCUUCCCAGACGUCUGCUGACCUGCACCGCUCCAUCCGGCAGCUCAAGCGAGAAGCCACCUCAAUGGGGGCGUUGGGCUCCUCCCCCUGGGAAUCCAAACGUCCUCUUUUCCCUUGCCAGCCGCUCCGCAGUCCUCAGGUCUCCGCCUCGACCGUGCUGAGUUCUGUGGAGCAUCUCGCGGCGGGAGAGAGCUACGCCAGGCAGGCCAGCGUCAAAUGGCGAGCCCCUUUUCCCAGGGACUGGGGCGGCACUUCCACCGUGGGCAAGCCCACCUCCAUUGUCUACAGGUGCGACAACGCUGGAUUGCAGACAUGCCCAAUGGAGGCCUUGGACCAGUCAGGUUUCCAUGGUGGCGUUGAUCUGGCCUCGCUGGCCCUUCGGGGUGAAGACCUCUGUUCGAAAACCUCCAUUCGCUACCUCGAAUGUUGCUUGGGCGGCGGAUGGCGGACUCCGGAAAGAACGGGUGCCUGCGACUGUUCCAAAACCCGCUGCCACCGAAAGGCAGCUGAUCCGGAAGAGCUCGCCUCAGGAGCAUUGCGUCGCUCGGAGUUGAGUCUCUCAGACCAUGCCUUGAGUCUCCUUUCCUUCGACAGCUUGGAGGUCUCCUUGAAGACGUUGUGCGCCGAUUCUCCGGCAAACCUGGGGUCUCCUGUGUGCGUCAGCCUGGCGGUGCAUUCUCCUGCGUGCUGGUUUAGGAACGGCGCCCAGGAUUCUGACGUCUGUGAAGCUGGGGGCGAGCUAGGAGAGGAUGGCGGGGGCCCCACGCUCUCUGCAGGGGAGCACGCUGCGGAUCUGCCCCACUGGAAGCUCAGCCGCUUUGGAGAACAUUGGCAGGCUGCUGAUAGUAUAGGUGCGGCCGUUGUUGGGAGAAGUGGCAACGGCUCCCCAAAUUCUGUGCCCGACGACUGUUGGCCUGAUGCGGAAAAUGGUCAGGGAGGAGGGCCUUCAACAGAACAGACCGGGAAAAGGACCACAGCGUUGUACGACGAGGAGAGCAACAACCGGAUGGAUGAUAAGGAGGUGAGCUCAGUCUGUCUGUUGCUAACUAAAGCAGGCAUAGGCAAACUCCGGCCCUCCAGAUGUUUUGAGACUACAAUUCCCAUCAUCCCUGACCACUGGUCCUGUUAGCUAGGGAUGAUGGGAAUUGUAGUUCCAAAACCUCUGGAGGGCCAAAGUUUGCCCAUGCCUGAAACUAAAGUUUGGAUUUUUUUGUUUCAUUCCUUGCUUUGUUUCCCUCUGUUUUUCUUUUCCUGUUUGACUUCUUUCGUCUUUGUUUUGUCCUCUGGGGUAAGGUGAGAACUGGGAGAAUCCACCUCUUUCUGAGUGGUAUAAGAGUUAAGAUUUACCAGUGAGAGAAGACUUUGUAUUCUUCUUUUUCUUUCUUUUUCUGUUUUUUUUUCUUUUUGUCCAGAUUACUUCAUUUUUUAUUGUCAAGUAUUAUGAAAAGUCUUAAUAAAAUCUUAGUUUUUAAAAAAAUAAAGUUUGGAUUAAUAGGUUAUUGUAUUUUAGUGUUUUGUUGGAAGCCGCCCAGAGUGGCUGGGGAAACCCAUCCAGAUGGGCGGGGUAUAAAUAAUAAUAAUAAUAAUAAUAAUUGGAUUCAGGAGCAAUGGCCUAAACGUAGAGAUCCCCCCCUUCUCCCGCUGCUGCCAACCACCUGAAGUCCAAAUUGAUACAGCCAAAUUGAUACAGCCAAAUUGAUACAGCUUACCAGCUAACAGAGUGGCAUGUUGGAUGUACAUUGAGUUUUGUGUCUCGUGGCCUUCUCUCCCAGCUUGUGGCAGUGAGUUCCACAAGUUAGUUGGAAGCAAAACUAAAUUGUGUGAGAUAAGCUGAUGUAUACCAGGGUGUGUAUAUUAUUUUAUUUCGAUCUGCGUUGUGGAUUCAGGUGGUAGAUCUCUGCUUUCCUUGAGCUUUUUCAGCCCAAUUCAGGUUACCAUGGCACAGAAUUUAGAAUCUGGUGGGUGUGGAAUGUUCCAAGCCUUGCUGCCCAGCGAUUCCAUAAGAGGCGGGAUGAGCUUAUUCCAACAUAUUGUCUUGAUUUUUCUUUCUUUACUUACAGGACCUGGAAUCGAUGGAGAAGAAGAGAAACAGGUAAUUCUUUUGCCCGUCUUUAAACGCUCUUGGUGCUGUAAAUGUUACAAACUUUGUUUACAUUUUUUUAAAGACACUCCUCCCCCAUUUAACUCAAAUACAGUGGUACCUUGGUUCUUAAACUUAAUCCGUUCCGGAAGUCCGUUCCAAAACCGCGCUUUUCCAUAGAAAGUAAUGCAAAAUGGAUUCUUCCGCUCCAGACUUUUAAAAACAACCCCAUUCAACUUGAAUUUUACUAUCUAACGAGACCAUUGAGCCAUAAAAUGAAAGCAAUAAUCCAUGUACUGUACUAUAAAAUAAAUAAGACAGUAUUGUAGAUGAUUAAAAAUUAAAAUUAUUUUUUUUCUUGCCUGCACUGAUGAUAGUCAUUGUUUAGAUGGGGGGCUUUUAUCCAUUUCUGCAGUCACUCAAUCAUUAAAUCAAUCAAUCAAUCAAUUAGUAGCUGAACUGGGUUCCACACAGUCACAAAAACAAAUGAACUGAAAAAGCCUCAAAAACACAAAACAAAUAGCAAAAGCAAAAGCCCCAAACUUAAUCCGUUCCGGAAGUCUGUUUGACUUCUGAAAUGUUUGAAAACCAAGGCGCAGCUUCUGAUUGGUGCAGGCGCCCCAGAAACAAUAGCAGACAGCCAUAUCGGACCUUUGGCUUCUGAAAAAUGUUCAAAAACCGGAACACUUACUUCCAGGUUUUUGGCAUUUGGGAACCAAGUCGCUUGAGAACCAAGGCGUUUGAGAACCAAGGUACCGCUGUAGUAAAUAAAUAUUUUUUAAUAGCAGCAUGUAUUUUAAAAAGCUGUAGGUGGAGUGAAUGCCUGUCCAUCCCAAGCGAUGUGUGCAUUGUCUCCAAAACCUGUUUUCUCUUUAGAAGUAUCGCCUGUUCCCUUAAAGAGAUCAGAUUAGAUUAAUCAACUCGAGCUGAUCACUUAAUCAACUUAAAUUUGCGGGGGUUAAUGGGUUAAACGGAACGCUAGCUCUUGUUUCCUUUCUUCCCCUCUCUCCCAGGCCUUUGCCCAAGAGGGUGGACCCCCAGCUGGAGAAAUGCUUUGUGGCCUGGCGCAACAACGUCUCUGGGAAGACGGCCGCUGCCCGGGCUCUGUAUGAGCACCAGCUGUUGCGCAAGGGGCUUGCUGCCCUGCGGUGGGCUGUGCAGUUAAGGAAGGUUCAAGCAGGCAUUGCCCAGAGGAACCACAUUCUGGUGGUGCUGGCUGCCAGCUUCCGCAAGGUAAGAGGGCUUGGGGGUGCGUUAAGAGAGCAGGGUGCAGCCAAGACGGGCCCAGCUUCUGGGUCCAGCUACGCCUCACUGGUAGAACACACGCCCUCUCUGGUUUUUUGAAAAAUAAUUAAAUUUAGAGAGCAGCCUCCAGUCAGAGUGAGCGAUCAUGAGUUAGAUGCACGAAUAUGCCAGUCUGCAGAUGGGAAGUUCCUCAAGUUUCCAAGUUCGCCAGUUUUUUGUUCUAGCCAAAGGCCAUGUCAGACAUGUAUUAAGGCAAUAAGGUAAAGGGACCCCUGACCAUUAGGUCCAGUUGUGGCCGACUCUGGGGUUGCGGCGCUCAUCUCGCUUUAUUGGCUGAGGGAAGCCGGCGUACAGCUUCCGGGUCAUGUGGCCAGCAGGACUAAGCCGCUUCUGGCGAACCAGAGCAGCGCAUGGAACCCACAGCGCCACCCGUGUCCCAUUAAGGCAAUAGCUUGUGAAAUAUGGACCACUUAUAAACACCAUCUCCAACUCCUUGAAAGAUUCCAUCAAUGGUGUCUCCAAAAAAAUUUACACAUCACUUGGGAAGACAGACAAACUUAUGCCAGUGUACUGGAAGAAGCAAAGAUCACCAGUGUUGAAGCAAUGAUUCGAAGCAACAUCAAUUUCAUUGGACUGGUCAUGUUGUGCGGAUGCCUGAUUACAUUGGUACCUCGGGUUAAGAACUUAAUUCAUUCUGGAGGUCCAUUCUUAACCGGAAACUGUUCUUAACCUGAAGCACCACUUUAGCUAAUGGGGCCUCCUGCUGCUGCCGCGCCGCUGCUGUGCGAUUUCUCUUCCCAUCCUGAAACAAAGUUCUUAACCUGAGGUACUAUUUCUGGGUUAGCUGAGUCUGUAACCUGAAUUGUAUGUAACCGUCUGUAACCCAAGGUACCACUGUAUUGUAUUCCAAAGCAACUACUCUAUUCUGAACUUAAAAAUGGAAAGCGUAAUGCUGGUGGUCAAUAAAAGAGGUUUAAAGACUCUCAAGACAAAUAUUUUAAAAUGUAGUAUAAACAGUGACAACUGGGGAAAACUGGCCCACGAGCGCUCCAGUUGGAGAACAGCCUUUACCAAAGGUGUCAUGGGCUUUGAAGACACUCGAACUCAGGACGCAAGGGAGAAACGUGCUAAGAGGAAGGCAUGCUUGGCAAACCCUCACCGUGAUCAACUCCCGCCCGGAAACCUACGUCCCCACUGUGGAAGGACGUGUGGAUCCAGAAUUAGCCUCCACAGUCACUUACAGACCCACAGCUAAAACCGUGUUUAUGGAAGACAAUCUUACUCAGUUAUGAGUGAUUGCCAAAGAAAAAGAAGAAGGCAGUGGCAUUAAUAAAAUAAUACAGAACAUAGAUCCUUAAUAUAAAAAUGCAUACUAUGAAUGCAGAGUUUGCCAAGUUCCUGAGCAUUUGAACACAGUGUCCCUUGUUCAUCUCUGACAGCUCCAAUUAUAACAUCAUUUUAAAAUCCAGUUUGCCAACAUCCAUUCUGAAAGAGAGAGAAGAUAACCAGAGACACCUACAAACUCAAACCCAACUUGCUUUCAGAUGAAACCACCGAAUCACCGCAACAAUUUUAUAGCGAUUUUAAUUAACUCAUUUUUCAGGAUUUCCACCCCCCCACACACAAGCCAGUGCAUAGAGGGACACUCCGUGUUUUACAAAGCUAUUGUUGUCGCUUAAAGAAGCUGAACCGUUUCUGCUGGGGUGUGCCUACUUGCUUGUGUGAACAAAGGCUUCAGAAAGCGAUCUCUUGGGUCUCUGUAUAAGAGGCAGGCUAGCAGGUAAUGAGUGAUGUCUUCCACCUGAGGUUGACCACAAAUACAAAAGUCUGUCUACGUACCUGAAUAUUCUUGUAGCAGCCACCCAAGACUGCAGUGAGCUUCAUCUGGAAAUUCAGCUCAAUUCAGGCAUUUUGUAAGGAAGCUGGCAAGAGAUUGGUCAGAUUUGUUGUUGUUGUUUAGUCGUGAAGUCGUGUCCGACUCUUCGUGACCCCAUGGACCAGAGCAUGCCAGGCACUCCUGUCUUCCACUGCCUCCUGCAGUUUGGUCAGACUCAUGCUGGUAGCUUCGAGAACACUGUCCAACCAUCUCGUCCUCUGCCGUCCCCUUCUCCUUGUGUCCUCCAUCUUUCCCAACAUCAGGGUCUUAUUCAGGGAGUCUUCUCUUCUCAUGAGGUGGCCAAAGUACUGGAGCCUCAGCUUCAGGAUCUGUCCUUCCAGUGAGCACUCAGGGCUGAUUUCCUUCAGAAUGGAGAGGUUUGAUCUUCUUGCAGUCCAUGGGACUCUCAAGAGUCUCCUCCAGCACCAUAAUUCAAAAGCAUCAAUUCUUCGGCGAUCAGCCUUCUUUAUGGUCCAAAAUUUGUGUUUCAAGAGAGAAUACCAAGGGGAAAAUUGAGUGUUCCUAAUUAGUUGCAGGUCUCUUGUGGGUUUUAUCCAGAUGAACCAAUCCCUUAGUUGACAUUUACUCAUUUGCUUCCCUGCUCCUGUUUUAGAAUGAACCACACCUCAGUCCUUUCUGGGUGAUGUAGGGUUAUUUUUUUCAGGUAUAUUUUUUUAUUGAAGGGUAGCACUAUGUGAAAAAAUUAUGAAGCGUGAAAUUGAAGCUGCGAUUCCUGCAUUGCGGGGGGGGGGGGUGUUGGACUAGAUGACCCCUGGGGUCCUUUUCAACUCUGUAAUUCUAUGAUUGUAUGUCUGGAGGCGGUUGGAGGGUGGAUGGCAGCUAACAGAUUGAGAUUAAAUCCUGACAAGACAGAAGUAAUGUUUUUGGGGGACAGGAGGCAGGCAGGUGUGGAGGACUCCCUGGUCCUGAAUGGGGUAACUGUGCCCCUGAAGGACCAGGUGUGCAGCCUAGGAGUCAUUUUGGACUCACAGCUGUCCAGGGAGGCGCAGGUUAAUUCUGUGUCCAGGGCAGCUGUUUAUCAACUCCAUCUGGUACGCAAGCUGAGACCCUACCUGCCCACAGACUGUCUCGCCAGAGUGGUGCAUGCUUUGGUUAUCUCCUGCUUGGACUACUGCAAUGCGCUCUUUGCAGGGGACCCGGAAAAUGUAACUACUGUAAUCCAGAAUGCGGCAGCUAGACUGGUGACUGGGAGUGGCCACCAAGACCACAUAACACCAGUCCUGAAAGACCUACAUUUGCUCCCAGUACGUUUCUGUGCACAGUUCAAAGUGUCGGUGCUGACCUUUAAAGCCCUAAACGGCUUUGCUCCUGUAUACCUGAAGGAGUGCCUCCAGCCCCAUCAUUCUGCCUGGACACUGAGGUCCAGCUCUGAGGGCCUUCUGGUGGUUCCCUCCCUGUGAGAAGCGAGGUUACAGGGAACCAGGCAGAGGGCCUUCUCGGUGGUGGCGCCUGCCCUGUGGAACGCCCUCCCGUCAGAUGUCAAGGAAAUAAACAAAUAUCUGACUUUCAGAAGACAUCUGAAAGUCAUUUAAUGACUGACGUUUUAAUGUGGUUUUAAUAUUCUGUUGGGAGCCGCCCAGAGUGGCUGGGGAAACCCAGCCAGAUGGGUAGGGUAUAAAAAAUAAUUUGUUGUUGUCGUUAUUGAUUAAUUAUUCCAAGCCUGGUUCUUUCUUAGUGGCAGGAUGCUUUGGUGAAGCAGCGGAAGGCACAACCUUCCCUGCAACAGGAGGCAGCGAGCCCCAGCAGAGGCCCGCCGACAACCCCAGGAGGAGGGGGAGUAAGGAUGUCCCCCAACCCAUGCCACCUACCUGCGGAAUACCUGGAAGAUGCCGCCCGAUACAGCAGGUGCGUAAAAGAGGAGAAGGACAGGAAUCCCAGUUUGGAUAGUUUGCUCGGGAUUGUAGCAUUAAAUAGAUCGCAACACCCCUGCGAGGUAGGUUGCUUCUGAGAGAUGGCGCCAAUCUAAUCUCUGUAGGUGAGCGGGAAUCUGUAUCCCGGACUCCUCAGUCUGAAACUGGCUGCUGCACACAGACACGCACUUUGGGAGGAUAAACAGAACCACCGUGCCUUUUUUUCUUUUUUAAAUUUAUUUAUUUGGUUUUUCAGAUUAAAGUUUUACAGUCACAUAUCCAACAUACAGAGGGACGCAGGUGGCUCUGUGGGUUAAACCACAGAGCUUAGGACUUGCCGAUCAGAAGGUCGGCGGUUCAAAUCCCUGCGACGGGGUGAGCUCCCAUUGCUUGGUCCCUGCUCCUGCCAACCUAGCAGUUCGAAAGCACGUCAAAGUGCAAGUAGAUAAAUAGGUACCGCUCCGGCGGGAAGGUAAACGGCGUUUCCGUGCAUUACUCUGGUUCGCCAGAAGCAGCUUAGUCAUGCUGGCCACAAGACCAGGAAGCUGUACGCCGGCUCCCUCGGCCAAUAAAGCGAAAUGAGCGCCGCAACCCCAGAGUCGUCCACGACUGGACCUAAUGGUCAGGGAUCCCUUUACCUUUUAUCCAACAUACAACAUAAAAACAAGAUUCCAUAGAAUCUCCUGGACUUCCCUCCUCCCCUUUGUGAGUCCUAUUGUUAAUCAUUUCCUACUGCAACUUUUAUGAUCAUCCAAAAUCUUUUACCUCUCCAUUCUGUCCAAAAUUCACCCUUAAACUACAAGUGAUAUCCCAGUCCUACUAAUGAUUUUAACUGUUUACAAUGGUUUUUAAGAUAAGGUAUAAAUUUUCCCCAUUCCCUAUUAAAAUUUAGGUCUUCCUGAUUUCUGAUUCUUCCGGUCAUUUUGGCCAUUUCGGCAUAAUCCAUCAAUUUGAUCUGCCAUUUUUCUCUGGUAGGGACUUUUACCUUCUUUCAACCUCGACUUUUUUUCAGGGCGGAGGGAAAUCUCUGGACGCAGCUUCGUCACCAGCAGGGAGGGGGCGAGACCUGCAGAAAGGCCGCGGCUCUACGGGAUGUGAGGCGCUUGGCUGGUAAGGCUGUUGCCCUGAGCAGCUGCUUAUAUAGUGGCUCGCGAUAAGUUGGGAAGGAAUGACUGUCAGGUGUGGAGCACAUUUCCACCAGCAGGCAAGCCUCUCUCUCCCUUCUCUCUCUCUCUCCCUUCCUUCUCUCUCUCUCCCCCCCCUUUCGUCUCUCUCUCUCUCUCUCUCUCUCUCUCUCUCUCUCUUAUCUCUCCCUUUCUUCUCUCUCUCAUCUUUCUCUCUCUCUCCCUUCCAUAUCACUCUAUCCCUUCCUUCCUUCCUUCCUUCCUUCCUUCCUUCCAUCCUUCCUUCUCUCUCUCUCUUCUUUCUCUCUCUCCCCUUCCUUCUCUCUCUCUCUCUCUCUCUCUCUCUCUCAUCUUUCUCUCUCUCUCUCUCUCUCUCUCUUCCAUAUCACUCUAUCCCUUCCUUCCUUCUCUCUCUCUCUCUUCUUUCUCUCUCUCCCCCCUUCCUUCUCUCUCUCUCUCUUCUUUCUCUCUCCCCUUCCUUCUCUCUAUCUCUCUCUUUCUCUCUCUCUCUUCCUUCUCUCUCUCUCUCCCUUCCAUAUCACUCUAUCCCUUUCUUCCUUCUCUCUCUCUCUCUCUCUCUCUUCCAUAUCACUCUAUCCCUUCCUUCCUUCUCUCUCUCUUCUUUCUCUCUCUCUCCCCUUCCUUCUCUGUCUCUCUCUCUCUCUUCCAUAUCACUCUAUCCCUUCCUUCCUUCCUUCCUUCUCUCUCUCUCUCUUCUUUCUCUCUCUCUCCCCUUCUCUCUCUUUCUCUCUCUCUCUUCCUUCUCUCUCUCUCUCCCUUCCAUAUCACUCUAUCCCUUCCUUCUCUCCCUCUCUCUUUCUUCCUUCUCUCUCUCUCUCUCCCUUCUCUCUAUCUCUCUCCCUCUUUCUUCUCUCCCUCUCUCCCUCCCCCUUCCUUAGAGAGAGAGAGAGGGAGAGAAGGAAGAGAGAACACUUCCACCCGCAGACAAGCCACACCUGUCUGAACAUCAUGCCCUCUAUCUAACCUUUUGCUCUCUUAGUAGUCUGCCGUGCCCUGUCUCUUUUGAUUAAACAUUGUGCAAGGGGAAAGUGACGCGGUGGAAACAGGUGCCAAAAUAACUUUGUACCACACCACAAUUGGGUGAUUGGAAGAUGUGUAAAGGGCACAGUCCAAAAUGUAUCUGACUGGUUUUGCAUAUUGUGCUAAUAAAAAGAGCCUCGGCAGAGCUAGCUGGCAGCUUGCUUAUGCACAGCUCACCUGCAUUACCAACUCCUGCCUCAUGUCCUUCACUUCAGUUAGGAAGCUUGCAGCAGGGACACCCUCUGUCCCUUUGGAAGGGACCCCCAAAGGUCAUCCAGUCCAACCCGCUGCAAUUCAAGAAUUGCUACCUCCAUUGCUCCACCCACUUGUGCCUUGGCCCUCGGAAAGGAAUGCAGCCCCUGAGCUGAAAAAGCGCUCCCCACUCAUGGGGCCGCAAGAGGUUUUCUUAGGCAUUCUUACAGCACACAGAGUAUUUGCCCCAAGCUUUGAAAAAUACGUAAUAAUAAUAAUAAUAAUAAUUUAUACCCCCCCCCCCAUCUGGCUGGGUUUCCCCAGCCACUCUGGGCGGCUUCCAACAAAAUAUUAAACAUUAAAAGCUUCCCUAAAGAGGGCUGCCUUCAGAUGUCUUCUAAAAGUCAGGUAGUUCUUUAUCUCUUUGACAUCUGGUGGGAGGGCGUUCCACAGGGCAGGUGCCACUACCGAGAAGGCCCUAUGCCUGGUUCCCUGUAACGUCGCUUCUCGCAGCGAGGGAACCGCCAGAAGGCCCUCGGUGCUGGAUCUCAGUGUCCGGGUGGAACGAUGGGGGUGGAGAUGCUCCUUCAGGUAUCCUGGACCGAGGCCGUUUAGGGCUUUAAAGGUCAGCAACAACACUUUGAAUUGUGCUUGGACACAAAAAUCUACCCACCUGGCGCUCUCCUCACCUCCAGUGUCUCCCCCCCUCUUUUCCCCUGCAACGCAGCAGCUUUCAGAUUGUGGCGCCUUCAGAAGGAGCGUCUGGAGAAAGAGGAGAUUCGCGCCCAGGAAGCUCUCGCCCUCCUGGAGAAAAAGAGGCUGGUGAGCGCGUUUGAGGCCUGGCGUUCCCGCUACAGGGCAGCCCGGCGGAUCCUGCCGCUGGUGACUCAGGUGCAAAGAGGGCUGCUAAGCCGGUGAGCUAAGCACAAUGAUGAUAAUUUUUAUAUGUGGGCUUCUUGGUCGCGCCUUACGUUCUUUUUCUUCUUUAAAAAAAGUUUUUAUUGUUAAAAUAAUUCAGCAUUAAUACACACAUAUUGCGAAUAUACAAGCAUACAAACAUACAUUUCAUACAAUCCUUAAAAAUAUUCAAACAUACCUACAUUCAGUCCCACAGAUAAUUCCUUUUCCCAUCACCAUCCACCACCCCUCACCCCACCUUGGUGUUAGACUUCCAAUCUACUCAAUUGCAAUUUCUUUCCACUUCUAUUACUUUCUUUCACACACCUUUAACCUAAUUUCAUGCUUCUUUUUCUAUUACACAUUGUUACCCAUCUUAUUUAGUAAUUCAGUAUUUAAAACGGAACUUGUUUAUUCUAAUAGGAGUUCUGAUUUUUCAAUAUGGUUUUGCAAGUAUCCUUUAUACACCUUCCAAUCCCUGUCUAUCUUCUCUUUGAGAUCCUUCCAAUUUCUCCCAUUGUUUUGGAUAUAUUGUAGUACUCCAAUAAUUUGGCAAGCCACUCUAUUUUUGUCGGUAUAAUACCACUUUUCCAAUUUUUCGCAAUCAAUAGCCUUGCGGCUACUGUUGCGUAUAAAUAUAAUGUCUUGUCUUCUUCCUUUAGACUUCCUGGUACUAUUCCCAAUAGAAAACCUUCUGGUGUUUUCCUAAAUGAAUAUCUAAACAUUUUUUUUCAUUUUGUUAUAUAUUGUUUCCCAAAAUUGUUUGAUGUUUAAACAGUUCCGCCAUAUAUGUAUCAUAGUACCUUUUCCAGUGUUGCAUCGCCAGCAGACAUCGCUACCAUUUUUAUUCAUUUUUGCUAUUCUUUCCGGUGUUAAAUACCAUCUAUGUUGUAUUUUAAGGUAAUUUUCUUUCAAUAUAUAACACAUAGUGAAUUUCAUAUCUUCUUUCCACAAUUUUUCCCAUUGUUCAAACAUAAUAUUUUUCUCAAUAUCUUGCACUCAUUUAAUCAUGGAUGCUUUAAACAAGUCAUCCUUUAUUUCCCACUCUAAGAUCAGAUUACGUUCUUUACCUCUUUGCGACAACUUUCUGGGAUAGGUUUGCAUUAGCACAGUGUUUCCCAACCUCAGGUCUCUGGCUGUUUUUGAUUAAUAUUUAUUAAAGUUUCAGAAAGAAUAAAAUCACAUUAAUAAACACAAAAAUUUUAACAAAAACAGAGAAAAAUACACCAUACAAAAUGGAAAGUACAAAAUAGAAAAAAGUAAAAAAAGAAAAAACAGUUAAAAAUAGUUCCGUCCUUUCAUAACCUCUUUUAAAUUUACUUGUUUCCCGGACUUCCUCAUACCUCCCUCUUUUGUAUUCCAAUUCAGUUUGUAAACCCAGCAAUUUCUUACCCUCCUAUUUAUUCCAGUCCUAAAUCUUAAUAUAUUAUGACAUUAAAUUUUACCUAUUUGAACCAAUUUUUCCAUUUCUCUAGUCUUAGGUCUCUGGCUGUUUUUGGACUACAACUCCCAUCAUCCCUAGCUAGCAGGAAUUGUAGUCACAAAACAACUGGAGACCCAAGUUUCCGAAACAUUGCAUUAGCAUCAUGCAAUGUUCCUCUACGUCUUUGCAUGAUUAGUUUGCAAAAGGGUGCUCUGCGUUCUUCACAAGGGAGGCCAGUGUUUGCUGCUCUGCAGUUUUCACAACAACGAUGAUGAUGAUAAUAAUUAAUAAUAAUAAUAAUUAAUAAUAAUUUAUUAUUUAUACCCCGCCCAUCUAUCUGGGCCUCCUCAGCCACUCUGCGUGGCUUCCAACAAAAUAUUAAAAUACCGUAAUUCAUCAAACAUUAAAAGCUUCCCUUAACAGGGCUGCCUUUAGAUGUCUUCUAAAAGUCUGGUAGUUGUUGUUCUCUUUGACAUCUGAUGGGAGGGCGUUCCACAGGGCGGGUGCCACUACCAAGAAGGCCCUGUGCCUGGUUCCCUGUAACUUGGCUUCUCGCAGUGAGGGAACCGCCAGAAGACCCUCGGCGCUGGACCUCAGUGUCCAGGUAGAACGAUGGGGGUGGAGACGCUCCUUCAGAUAUACUGGACCGAGGCCGUUUAGGGCUCUAAAGAUCAGCACCGACACUUUGAAUUGUGCUCAGAAACGUACUGGGAGCCAAGGUGGGUCCCUAUUGGCAUCCCACGAUGGUGCUCUGCGACCUUCACAACAAGCCUGCAGAGCGGUGGCUGUCCCAGAAGGCCACUUGCCUUUGAAUUCCCCUUCGCCCACCUCCCCUGUCGGAAGCAGGUCAGUGGGAAGAAUCGCAAGUGGGCAGAGUUGCCGCUGUGGGCAGCAGGAGGCUGGGCCUUGACGGCCUGAUCCUGCUGCCAGGCUCUUCCUAAGCCGUUCUGUUCCUUUCCCCACCCCCCUCAAGCUGUUUCCAGGCCUGGAAGUCUGUCACUGACCGGGAGGUGCUGUGCAGGCACAGCAGGGAACGCCUGAGACUCGAAACCUUGAGGGUGCAUUUCCAUCAAUGGGCCCUGAUGUUGCAAGUCCGGGAAAAGGCCAGGAAGACUCUGCUGGAGCUGUGGGACUUGAAGCGGAGGAGAGCCCACGGUGAGAACCAUAUCAAAGUCAGGGCAUUGGGUCCAACUUGCUUGAGGUUGCCUGCACUGACUGGCAGCAUCUCUUUGGGGUUUCAGAGAGACGCCUCUCUUCCUGAGCCGCUGCCUCCCCCUAAAAAAUGAACUGAGAUUCUAGUCCUCAUGGUUUUGAAUAAAGGGCUGGCUUUCAUUAGGAAAGCUACAAGGAAAGGUCCUUGUUCCAUCUAGCCGAGUGUUGUCCACACUGGCUGGCAGCAGCUCCCCAGGGUUUCCAGAUUUCCCUGGAGAUGUCAGGAUUUGAACCUGCAACCUUCUGCAUGCAAAGCAGGUGCUCUACCACUGAGCUGCUCCCAGUGAGCCUUAUCAUUUGUGUAAUAAUAAUAAUAAUAAUUUAUUAUUUAUACCCCGCCCAUCUGGCUGAGUUUCCCCAGCCACUCUGGGUAGCUCCCAAUCAAGUAUUAAAAACAAUACAGCAUUAAAUAUUAAAAACUUCCCUAAACAGGGCUGCCUUCAGAUGUCUUUUAAAGAUAGGAUAGCUGCUUAUUUCCUUCACAUCUGAAGGGAGGGCGUUCCACAGGGCGGGCGCCACUACCGAGAAGGCCCUCUGUCUGGUUCCCUGUAACCUCACUUCUCGCAAUGAGGGAACCGCCAGAAGGCCCUCGGAGCUGGACCUCAGUGUCCGGGCUGAACGAUGGGGGUGGAGACGCUUCUUCAGGUAUACAGGACCGAGGCCAUUUAGGGCUUUAAAGGUCAGCACCAACACUUUGAAAUGUGCUCGGAAACAUACUGGGAGCCAAUGCAGAUCUCUCAGGACCGGUGUUAUGUGGUCCUGGCGGCCACUCCCAGUCACCAGUCUAGCUGCCACAUUCUGGAUUAAUUGCAGUUUCCGGGUCACCUUCAAAGGUAGCCCCACGUAGAGCGCAUUGCAGUAGUCCACGCGGGAGAUAACUAGAGCAUUCACCACUCUGGUGAGACAGUCUGCAGGCAGGUAGGAUCUCAGCCUGCGUACCAGAUGGAGCUGGUAGACAGCCGCCCUGGACGCAGAAUUAACCUGCGCCUCCAUGGACAGCUGUGAGUCCAAAAUGACUCCCAGGCUGCGCACCUGGUCCUUCAGGGGCACAGUUACCUUGUCAGGAUUCAACUUCAAUCUGUUAGCCGCCAUCCAUCCUCCAACCCCCUCCAGGCACUCACAUAGGACCUUCACCGCCUUCACUGGUUCUGAUUUAAAAGAGAGGUACAGUGGUGCCUUGCAAGACGAAAAGAAUCCGUUCCGCGAAUCUCUUCGUCUUGCGGUUUUUUCAUCUUGCGAAGCAAGCCCAUUAGCGGUUUAGCGGAUUAGCGCUAUUAGCGGCUUAGCGGGUUUAGCGGAUCAGCUGAUAAGCGGCUUAGCAGAUCAGCUGAUAAGCGGCUUAGUGGCUUAACGGAUCAGCUGUUAAGCGGCUUAGCGAUCAGCUGUUAAGCGGCUUAGCCGAUCAGCUGAUAAGCGGCUUAGCGGCUUGGGAAAAAGGGGGGGGGAAGGAAAAAACCCCCGCUGGAACUCGCAAGACAUUUUCGUCUUGCGAAGCAAGCCCAUAGGAAAUUGGUUUUGCGAAGCACCUCCAAAAUGGAAAACCCUUUCGUCUAGCGGGUUUUCCGUCUUGCGAGGCAUUCGUCUUGCGGGGCACCACUGUAGAGGUAGAGUGUACAGUCAUACCUCGGGUUACAGAUGCUUCAGGUUGCGCGUUUUCGGGUUGUGCACCGCGCCAAACCCCGGAAUACUGGAACGGGUUACUUCCGGGUUUUGGCGCAUGCGCAGAAGCACUAAAUCGCAUUUUGCGCAUGCGCAGAAGCGCAACCCACGCGUGCGCAGAUGCGGUGCUGCGGGUUGCGAACGUGCCUCCCGCACAGAUCGCGUUCACAACCCGAGCGUCCACUGUACUCGAAAUUCCUUCUAAAUGUUUAUUUUUUUUCUCUCCCUCUCCCUUCCGCACUUAAAUAAGGAGGGAACAUGGAUGCAGCUGAAAAGGUUCCUGCAGCCCAAGCGAGGUGGUCCCAAAAGAGUGGCGCCGAUGCGCUGGACGACUUCUACCGCGCAUUGACGUUGCAGCAGGCGUUCCGGACUUGGGAACUGAGGUGGCGGGAAUCCCAGCGGGCGACGUAAGCGCUCAGACCCUGACCUAAGAGCAAAGAAAUCGGGGCUAGCAGGCACAGAGAGGUCUUUCUGUAUCCAAACUGCAGCUUUCAUGUUUCGUCGUUGUUUUGAAAAAGCAAGCUUCGAGUCCUCAUAGAUAGAGGGCGAAAUUUCGGAAGCCAGAGGGAAGUGGCUGAAUCCAGUUUCCAAGGGACUGGUUUCCCCCUCCCACGUCUAGCCGUAUGGGAAGUUGCAGGAUUCUGGCUGCAGAAAUUUUGUGUUUACUUUUUCUUUCUGGAGCAGGCAAAAGGCCCUGGCAGGAUCUUCCUCCUUCCCAUACCAGUUAUUUUGGGGACAUAUUGUGCUCCGGCGGCACAGCGGCAGCAGGAGGCCCCAUUAACUAAAGUGGUGCUUCAGGUUAAGAACAGUUUCAGGUUAAGAAAGGACCUCCGGAACGAAUUAAGUACUUAACCCGAGGUACCACUGUACUUUUCUCCGAAAGCUCACAAAGGUCUUUCCCUUACAGCGCUUUCCGCCGAGUCUCGGAAAGGCAGCAGCUGAGAGAAGCUCUUGGGCUCUGGCGCCUGAAGACCCUCUGCCCGCAUCCUCUUGGACUCGGCCCCGGGGACCUCACUGAGGACCUUCUCCUUGCAUCGCCGGAUUCCGAGGAGUCUUCCCUGUCCUCUGGUUUCCAUAGCAACGUGCCUGCCCCGCCUCUCUCUAGCGGUUCGCUGGACAAGGUGAGGACAACUCGCUGACAGGCUUCCCUCUGACCCUGGGGCCAAUGCUUUGGUGCAUAGGUGGGAGAGGAACAAGCAGGGGCAGCAGAUAGAUAGAUAGAUAGAUAGAUAGAUAGAUAGAUAUACACACAUCUACCCACACACGAUUGAUUGAUUGAUUGAUUGAUGAUUGAUUGAUUGAUUGAUUGAUUGAUUGAUGAUUGGUUGAUUGGUUGAUUGAUUGAAUUUAUAUACCGCACUAAAUCCGGAGGUCUCAGAGCAGUUCACAGAAAAGAUGACAACAUAUAAAAUAAAAACAAUAACAAUAACCCAAUAACUGUCAGGAGCUUUGCCUACACUCGAGUAGGACCCUGGUAAAGACACAUACUCGACUGGCAUGUUCCCUCCCUCCUGGUCGUUCGUUCGGGAGCUUCAAAAGCUUUCUUCUGCCCGAACAUCACAGCGACUGAUGCCAACAGACAUCGGCACACUUAGGGAUCCGCAGAGUUUGCGCAUCAUGCGUGACAGGCCUCAGCAACUCAGCAUUUUGGCUAAUCGACUUUAUUUACAUAUAAACACACAUGGAGCACUGCAACAUGGCUCCCUCUCUCUCUAGCAUCAGACAGCAAAGAGAGAGGACAAGAGUCCCACUUCACGGAACACAGUAACACAAACAUCCUGUCUCAAUCACUUCCCACUUUGUGGAGUCAAAACAUAUAGACAACAAUCCCAUGACUUCAAUCAUGAAGCAGGAAUUCUAACAAUAACACCCCCCCCAAAAAAGAGCCACAUUUAAAAAGGGUAUAGGAUGUCAAUCAGGUCGACCAACGACCUGGUUAAAAAGGAACGUUUUUGCCUGGCGUCUAAAGUUGUGUAACGAAGGCGCCAGGUGAACUUCCCUGGGGAGAGCAUUCCACAGACGGGGAGCCACUGCAGAGAAGGCCCCGUUCUUGUGUUGCCACCUUGUGUUGCUCUCGAGGAGGAGGCACAUGAAGGAGGGCCUCAAAAGAUGAUCUCAGGGUCCGGGUAGGUUCAUAUGGGAAGAGGUGGUACUUGAGGUAUUGUGGUAUCUACUUACGUAUAUAUAUAUAGUUCUUGGCAUCCGUCUUUCUUGAGAUGCAAUUGUGUGUGUCAAACCAGCGUACAGCUUCUGCGUCAUGUGGCCAGCAUGACUAAGCCACUUCUGGCGAACCAGAGCAGUGCACGGAAACGCCGUUUACCUUCCCGCCGGAGCGGUACCUAUUUAUCUACUUGCACUUUGGCGUGCUUUUGAACUGCUAGGUGGGCAGGAGCAGGGACCGAGCAACGGGAGCUCACCCCGUCGCGGGGAUUCGAACCGCCGACCUUCCGAUCGGCAAGUCCUAGGCUCUGCGGUUUAGACCACAGCGCCACCCACGUCCCUUUUCAUAUAAUAAAUCCCUGCAUAUUUUACUGAAACUAUACCAUUACAUCUUUGGGUGGGACCUAGGAUCAGUUUUCCCCGCUCCAUAUCUACUAUAGUGUAGACCGAUUGACACGACUGAACCUAUGUUAGUCAUGUCCAUUAACUUCAGUUCAUUCAAAGUGCUGGUGUUGACCUUUAAAGCCCUAAACAACCUCGGUCCUGUAUACCUGAAGGAGCGUCUCCACCCCCAUCGUUCAGCCCGGACACUGAGGUCCAGCUCCAAGGGCCUUCUGGCGGUUCCCUCAUUGCGAGAAGUUAGGUUACAGGGAACCAGACAGAGGGCCUUCUUGGUAGUGGCGCCCGCCCUGUGGAAAGCCCUCCCUUCAGAUGUGAAGGAAAUAAGCAGCUAUCCUAUCUUUAAAAGACAUCUGAAGGCAGCCCUGUUCAGGGAAGUUUUUAAUAUUUAACGCUGUACUGUUUUCAACACUUGAUUGGGAGCUGCCCAGAGUGGCUGGGGAAACUCAGCCAGAUGGGCGGGGUAUAAAUAAUAAAUUAUUAUUAUUAUUAUUAUUAUUAUUAUUAUUAUUCAGUGGGUCUCUUCCAGGUAGGACUAGCAGUAGAGACUCACUCUCUCUGUAUAUAAUCUUAAAUAAACAAGCAUUUAGAAGCACAAAAUUAAUACUUCUGUCAUUUCAUGACUGGGAAUAGGAAGGCAGCUCGGAGGACGGUAGCCAGGCCAGCAUCUCCUCGUCGUUGACGAUUGAAGACUCGGGGCGCCUUCCUCCUCACGGCUCCCCAUCUCCCAGCCAUUUCCCCAGUGAGUCGCAAGAUCUCGCUGCCGCAGAUCUCUGCCACACCCAGAAUCGGAGGCAGCUGCUGGCAAAAUGUUUUGCGUUUUGGUCGGCCAGGACUGUGCAGAACCUGAAGGCAGAGCAACACCGCAAGCGGGCUCUCCUCUCCAGGUAAGAGUCUUGGGCAGGGGUCAGCAACCUAAGGCCCAUGGGCCACAAGCGGUCUAUGGGGGUCGUUUAACUGGUCCCUGAACUGAGCCGCCGGCUUGGUGAGUCCCCACACGCUGCACUAAAGCAGCGCGACGCAGGGACUCGCUUCCGCGGCACCGGAAAUCACGUCUGUGCAGACACCGGAAAUCACAUGUGCGUGCACGAUCUGGCCCAGGGAGGAAUCUCCGCUGGAGUGGACUGGCCCAGGCAAGGUAAACCUUGCUGACCCCUGGUCUUGGACAAUGAAGGAUGGGGGCAAAAUCUUAUGCAGUUUGUCUUCGAAGGCGAAUCUACCUAAUUCACAAUUUUUCCAAUGAUACGGGGACCAAAAUUCAGCCUUCCUUUGACAUUUGCCUUUCUCCGAAUUUUGCAAUGCAGUUCUCCUGCCAAGUAAAAGAAAUGCAAAUGCCGGGUUAGAGAAACGCAUUAAAAUGCAUUUAUUAGUUAAAAAAAAAAGGCAUCCAAAGAUGUAUUAUAUUUGUUAAUGUAUAGAUUCUGCAUGUAACCGCAGAAAUCACCUUUAGUGAGCUGAAUCCUUGCUUUGAGCAAGCAGGAAUUCCGUUUAUUGGAAGGCACUCAGGCUGAGACUCGGUAUAAAAUACAGAAAUUUGUGUUUGCUUAGGGAAGUACAGUCGUACCUUGGAUCCCGAACGCCUUGCGAGUCAAACAUUUUGGCUCCCGAAUGCCACAAACCCAAAAGUGAGUGUUCCGGUUUGUGGACGUUCUUUGGAAGCCAAAUGUCUGACGGGGCUUCUGAUUGGCUGCAGGAGCUUCCUGCAGCCAAUUAGAAGCCGCGCCUUGGUUUCUGAACGUUUUGGAAGUUGAACGGACUUCCGGAACGGAUUCUGUUCGACUUCCGAGAUACCACUGUACAUUGUUGACGGGGGAAAGUUCUGUAGUCCUAGCUGUCUAGUUGGAGAAACCAAGAAACCACCCAGAAGUACAUUGAGGUCCGGAGGAAGGGUGAGAGGGGAGGAAGAAAUUUAAACAGGGAGCGACGUAAAAUGUAUCAGUCAAAACUUCAAAGGAAUAGAGAGUAGUCAGCAUAGAGGUUGAAGGUAAAGGGAUAGUCUGAGAAUCUGGAGGUCUCUUACUCUAUCUGCUUAAGCCCCAUGCAAACCCCUGAGUUGCAUCUAAACUUCCAACAACAUUAGGGAACAUUGCUUUGUAUCAAAAAAUGGGCAAAAUUGCAAAAAAUGCACUUGUAAGGAGAAAUUUACACUCGGUUGUUGAUGGCCUGUUUAAAUUACAGAUGUGGAUAGUUAAGAUUGGGAAGACGGAGAAUGGAAAUGGAUAGGCUCUUUCAUCCCUUUCUCUAUAUGAAAUUCACCAGGGCCUUCACUUCCUGGUCUGCAGCAGCCGCCCAUUUUUCUACAUGGCGCACGACUCUAGCGUGCUUGGAGAGUGCCAGGGGGCAGCGUCUUCUGGCGUCCUGCUUCGGGAGGUGGAAGGCGGAGUUCCUGAGAGCUGACCGGCGACGGAAAGACGGACGCCCACGGCGGAGACUGGCGGGGUACGGGGCGAUGUGGCGAUGGAGGAAAGCCAUCAGGGGGUCCCGGGCUCUGCGUUUUAGCUCCGUCAGCCAGGUGAGCUGGGGGUGGAGUGGGGGGGUUCCACAGGCGGAUGGUAUCUGGGGUUCCAGAGCUUCAACAAGAACGUAAGAGGAGCCAGCUGGAUGAGGCCCAUCUCGCUCAACAUCCUGUUCCCGCAGUGGAUGACCAGAUGCCCCUUAUGGUAAUAAUAAUAAUAAUAAUAAUAAUAAUAAUAAUAGUACAGUGGUACCUCGGGUUACAUACGCUUCAGGUACCUCGGGUUACAUACGCUUCAGCCCUGAAAUCCUAACUUGGAGGAAGCUCUCCGUACAUGCUCAGAGAGGCCCCUUUGCAUCCAGGGCUGGAUUUGGGUUUGAUGAGGCCCUAAGCUACUGAAGGUAAUGGGGUCCUUUAUAAGUAAGUAAAAAAAAUAAUAUACGGUAAUUAUAAUACUUAUAUAUAUUAUUAUAGUAGCAAGUGGGGGUAACAGGUAACUGUACUAGUAAAUAAUAAUAUAGGCAUGCUACAUGUUGCCAUGCAACCAGUCCAUGCAGAAUUUAGGCACCCUAUAUAUAGAAAUGAACAAACGAGUGAUAUUUUAGGGAGCAGGCUAGCAGGCGGGGCCCAUUACUUAUAUCAUAGGAGCUUACACAACACAAAACAAAACACUGUUGCUGGAUGUAGGUUUUAUUUUAUCUGUUUUUUAUCUUAUAUUUUCGAAAUGUACAUCCAGUUUUUUCCCCUUUUUUGGGGGGGGGGGCAAGAGAGUAGGGCCCUAAGCUAUAGCUUGUUUAGCUUAUACAAUGGUACCUUGGGUUAAGUACUUACCGGUAAUUCAUUCCAGAGGUCCGGUCUUAACCUUAACCUGAAGCACCACUUUAGCUAAUGGGGCCUCCUGCUGCUGCUGCGCCGCCGCUGCGCGAUUUCUGUUCUCAUCCUGAAGCAAAGUUCUGAACCCGAGGUACUAUUUCUGGGUUAGCCGAGUCUGUAACCUGAAGCAUCUGUAACCUGAAGCAUCUGUAACUCGAGGUACCACUGUAGUACCUUGGGUUAAGAACUUUGCUUCAGGAUGAGAACAGAAAUUGCGCGGCAGCAGCGGGAGGCCCCAUUAGCUAAAGUGGUGCUUCAGGUUAAGAAUGGUUUCAGGUUAAGAACGGACCUCCGGAACGAAUUAAGUUCUUAACCUGAGGUACCACUGUAAUAUAUUAUUUAUACCCCACCCAUCUGACUGGGUUUCCCAAGCCACUCUGUGAGGCUCCCAACAGAAUACUAAAAACGCAAUAAAAGAUCAGACAUUAAAAACUUCCCUAAAUAGGGCUGCCUUCAGAUGUCUUCUAAAAGUCAGCUAGUUGUGUACACUACACAUCUGAUGGGAGGGUGUUCUACAGGGCAGGCACCACUACUGAGAAGGCCCUCUGCCUGGUUCCCUGUAACCUCGCUUCUCACAGGGAGGGAACUGCCAGAAGGCCCUCAGCGCUGGACCUCAGUAUCCGGGCUGAACGAUGGAGGUGGAGACGCUCCUUCAGGUAUACUGGGCCGAGGCCGUUUAGGGCUUUCAAGGUCAGCACCAACACUUUGAAUUGUGCUCGGAAACGUACUGGGAGCCAAUGUAGGUCUUUCAAGACCGGUGUUAUAUGGUCUCGGCGGCCGCUCCCAGUCAUCAGUCUAGCUGCUGCAUUCUGGAUUAGUUGUAGUUUCUGGGUCACCUUCAAAGGUAGCCCCACGCAGAGCGCAUUGCAGUAGUCCAAGUGAGAGAUGAAAGCAUUGCUUGACUGGGCUUGAGUCAUUGACAAUAAUUUCUGAUUAAAUCCCGCAAGCCUCUGCAUCUCUGCCCCAUUUUCUCUACUGCCCAUUUCUCUUGCUAUUAUUUUUAUUUUUAUUUUUAUUUUUAUUAUAUCACUGACAGCAUGGCGUGCUUCAUUUUCCAUAAUUCCUCAUAGCAAUCCCAUGUGACCACCACAAUGUAGGUCUUUCAAGACCUGUAUUAUAUGCUCUUGGCGGCCGCUCCCAGUCACCAGUCUAGCCGCCGCAUUCUGGAUUACAGUUGUACCUCAGGUUAAGUACGUAAUUCGUUCCAGAGGUCCGUUCUUAACCUGAAGCUGUUCUUAACCUGAAGCACUACUUUAGCUAAUGGGGCCUCCCGCUGCCGCCGGAGCACGAUUUCUGUCCUCAUCCUGAAGCAAAGUUGUUAACCCGAGGUACUAUUUCUGGGUUAGCGGAGUCUGUAACCUGAAGCAUAUGUAACCCGAGGUACCACUGUACAGUGGUGCCCCGCAAGACGAAUGCCUCGCAAGACGGAAAACCCGCUAGACGAAAGGGUUUUCCGUUUUGGAGGUGCUUCGCAAAACGAAUUUCCUAUGUGCUUGCUUCGCAAGACGAAAAUGUCUUGCGAGUUCCUGUGGGGUUUUUCCCCUUUCCCCCCCUUUUUCCCAAGCCGCUAAACCGCUUAUCAGCUGAUCGGCUAAGCCGCUUAACAGCUGAUCCCUAAGCCGCUUAUCAGCUGAUCGUUAAGCCGCUUAUCAGCUGAUCCUUAAGCCGCUUAACAGCUGAUCGCUAAGCCGCUUAUCAGCUGAUCGGCUAAGCCGCUUAACAGCUGAUCGCUAAGCCGCUUAUCAGCUGAUCCUUAAGCCGCUUAUCAGCUUAUCAACUCGCGGAACGGAUUCUUUUCGUCUUGCGAGACACCACUGUAGUUGUAGUUUUCGGGUCACUUUCAAAGGUAGCCCCACGUAGAGCUCGUUGUAGUAGUCAAGCGGGAUCUGAGCACAAAAGCGCUCUCCCCGCUAUCAGUUUCCAGCUGUGGAAGGAGAGCAGAGCCACAGCUGGAGGCAACGAUUCUUCCGAUAGAGAGUUUAUCCACUAGGAAGCUCAGGGGCAGGGACCCUGCUUGGCAUGCAGAAGGUUCUGGGUUCCAUCUCCUGCAGCAUCUUGUGACAGGGAUGGGGAAGACCCCGUGCCCAAAAUCCCAGAGAGCCUCUGCCGAUUUGGCUCCCUGUGCAAAUCCUGUCAUGACCUCUUGACCCCUGGAUGGAUCCUAACCAGGGUGGAUAAAAAUCAACAAUUUAAAAAAAAUAAAUUAAUCAAAAAAAUCAGAGUUUUUAAAAUUUAAAUCUGAUUUUUAAAAUAAAAUACUUUUGGAGGAAAAAUCUUUCUAAAGAUAGUUUUCUAUUUAAGUUACAUUAAAGAUUUUCAUGUGUGCUACAACUCAGUUGGAGUUUUUUUAUUUAAAGAAACCGUUUAACCACUUCAGUUAACAAACAUGGAUACAUAUGCUAUAAUGUUAUUGUUUUAGUUAAAUAAAUUGUUUAAAUUGUUAUUAAGGAAAUGGUUGUUUUUCUCCUUCCAGCACAGUACAGCAGAAAAGUUGUCCAAAUAUUACCGUAACUUAUUAAACCUUACAAGAAUUUCAUAAUUAUCUGUCUAUGUAUUUCUAAUAGUGUAACCAAAUCAGUAAUUUUUGAUAUAACUUUAAAAGCUACUCUGAAAAUUUAUUCUUCCAAAAAUGAAACCUUCAUCUGGUUGUAAAUAUUAUGAUUAUACCAGCAAGAAUGAGUCUUUCUGUAAAAAAAUGAUUUAAAUCAAGUCUUACUGACUAGUGAUUUAAAUCAAGUCUUACUGACUAGUGAUUUAAAUCGUGAUUUAAAUUGAUACGAUUUACCAUACUUUUUGCUCUAUAAGACUCACUUUUCCCCUCCUAAAAAGUAAGGGGAAAUGUGUGCGCAUCUUAUGGAGCGAAUGCAGGCUGCGCAGCUAUCCCAGAAGCCAGAACAGCAAGAGGGAUUGCUGCUUUCACUGCGCAGCGAUCCCUCUUGCUGUUCUGGCUUCUGAGAUUCAGAAUAUUUUUUUUCUUGUUUUCCUCCUCCAAAAACUAGGUGCGUCUUGUGGUCUGGUGCGUCUUAUAGAGCGAAAAAUAUGGUAAAUCAAAUCCACCCUGAUCCUAACCCUGUUUUCUUGUAAGGAGAUCAAAUUUGACUUUAUCCCUUCCUUCUUUCCAGGCCAGCAACUACUGGACGAGAGCGGCCACCUUCCGCCAGUGCGUCCGGCGGCAGAGCGGCUUCAUCGGAGCCCGGAAAUUCCUGAAAUCGCCCCUUCUUUGGCCAAGCAGUAAGGAACUCCCCCUGUCUGUUGUUUUCUUGGGGAAUUUGCAGGUGCACAGAAAGUUUUUUUGUUGCCGGGGCAAUCCCCUUUGGGCCUCUCUCAGACUUUUCCAGCCUACCCCCCUUUGCGCCCUUCCUUGAGGUUUUUUUGCUCGCCCGGAAAUGGGUCUUUAAAUUUUGGGCAUGCCUCCUACCUGCCCGGAUGGAGAACAGGGAAAGGAGAGCACGCGAGUCUCUGUGGAAACUAGCAUGGCGUGGAAAAUUAAAAAUUGGGAUUUCCUGCUCUGCCUGCUUUUGCUGCUCAUCCAAGCAACCGUGGGCAGGAAAUGGGACCCCCCCCCCUCCCCAAAUUAAUAAUAUUGUUAUAAUUUGGCUAUAAUUUGGGAAUUUUUUGGGGGGAGGGGACUUGUUUGCAUAUUAUUAACAAUAAUAGAUAUUGUCAUAAUUUGGCUGUUAUUGGGGGAAUUUGGGGAAAAUAAAAGCUUAUUUGUAAAAUCAUCAUGAUGACAAUUGAUAUUGUUAGAAUUUGACUAUUGGGGGAAUUUUGGAAAAAUAAUAAAAACUUAUUUGCAAAUUAAUAAUUGAUAUUGUUAUAAAUUGGCUAUUAUUUGGGGAAUUUUGGAAAAAUAAUUAUAACUUAUUUGCAAUAUAAUAAUUGAUAUUGCUAUAAGUUGGCUAUUAUUGGGAUUUUAGAAAAAUAAUAAAAACUUAUUUGCAAUAAAAGGCGGGGGGGGGGGCAAAAGGAAAUGUGACCCCCUGGGAGUACUGACAUGUAGCACAGUUCGGCGCAGAUCAGAGGGAGAGAGUCAGGGCUACACCAGCUAGCUUUCAGUUAGUAGUUUUAUUAAGGAGCCAGAACAGGAAACAGUUCGCCAGGCGAACUUCCACAGAUGGGGAGCCACUGCAGAGAAGGCCCCGUUCUUGUGUUGCGACCCUCCGGACCUCUCGAGGAGGAGGCACACAAAGAAGGGCCUCAGAAGAUGAUCUCAGGGUCUGGGCAGGUUCAUAUGGAAAGAGGCGGUACCUUGAGGUAUUGCGGUCCUGAGCCGUUUAAGGCUUUAUCGCUCAAAACCAGCACUUGGAAUUUAUGUCAGCAAUGAGAAGGGGCAGAAAGUGGGUGGGGCAUCCUCUCCCCCUGCCCCUCUGUUUCUGCCACCCUUUCACCGGCUGAACCCGGCUCAUCCAUUGUGCAUUAACCUGGUUUCUCCUCUUUUAAGGGCGCAGGCGGACGAGCGAAGAGGCUCCUCAGCCAGGCUUAGCCAUCCAUUCCAGGCUGAUCUCCAGCUCUUUCCGCGUCUGGCUGACGCUCUACAGAUGCCAAAGCAAAACCCUGGGGCCACAGCGGGCCCCCAUGCAUCUGGAGGCAGCAGGACAAGGCAGCAGACAUGGGUGGAACCAGGAGACGAGGCCCGAAACGACCCCAUCCGCAGUGGGCAGGAGGUGGCUUGGGUAAGGCUGUGAGCCGUCAAGUCUGUAGUGUGCACAAAGGCAGUAGAGAGAGAGAGAGACCCUCAGCUGGGUCAAUGUAGCCUCGCAUUUGAAAUCUUGCCUGGUUGCCAGAGGCGAUCAGGAAUUUCUGUGCAGGCGAGUAAGCAGGGGGGGGGGGGAGGAGGAAGGGAUUUUGCCGCUCCUCCCCCACCAGCUCCUUUGGUUUCCAUCUGAUCUGAAUAAUAAUAAUAAUAAUAAUAAUAAUAAUAAUAAUUAAUUGGGUAGUGUUCUCGAAACUACCAGCAUGAGUUUGACCAAACUGCGGGAAGCAGUGGAAGACAGUAGUGCCUGGCGUGCUCUGGUCCAUGGGGUCACGAAGAGUCGGACACGACUAAACAACAACAACAACAACAACAAUAAUAUUUAUACCCUGCCUGUCUGGCUGGGUUUCCCCAGCCACUCUGGGCAGCUUCCAACAAAAUAUUAAAAAUACAAUAAAACAUCAAACAUUAAAAACUUCCCUAAACAGGGCCUUCAGAUGUCUUCUAAAAGUCAGAUAGUUGUUUAUUUCCUUGACAACUGACGGGAGGGCAUUCCACAAGGCGGGCGCCGCCACCGAGAAGUCCCUCUGCCUGGUUCCCUGUAACCUCACUUCUCGUAGUGAGGGAACCGCCAGAAGGCCCUCAGGGCUGGACCUCAAUGCCCGGGCAGAACGAUGGGAGUGGAGACGCUCCUUCAGGUAUACUGGGCCGAGGCUAUUUAGGGCUUUAAAGGUCAGCACCAAUACUUUGAAUUGUGCUCGGAAACGUACUGGGAGCCAAUGUAGGUGGGGAACAGAAUGUCUCGCCACUCCUCUGUCGCUACUUGGUAGAAGUCUAGUGUGGAAACAUGCCUUCUACGAGGGUAAUAGCUUUCGUUUCUGUGCUGGCCUCAGUGGAGAAAGAACUCUAGCAAAGUGGAAAAUCGCCUGCCUUGCAUACCGAAGGUCACAGGUUUGAUCCCUGGCAUCUCCCAAUCUGAAAUUCUUAAGAGCUGCUGCCAGCUAGUGUACACAGUACUGGGCCAGAUGGACCGGCCCUUGGUUCAGAACCAUGAGGACUAGGAUCAUGGAAACGCAGGCUGCUAGCCUCCCGCUGGUGAGAGACUGGAGGAAAUGGACAUUUAAAUCUGCAAGACUGGGUUGAUAUAUGAAUUCUGGCACCCUGAAAUUCACGGCAUGUUGUACGCUGAAAGAAAAUUAUAUGAAAAUGAUGUACUGGUGGUGUUUGACUCCUAGUAAGCAGAAAUGUUUAGAACAGGUACAAAUACCUGCUGGAAAUGUAAAGGAAAAGAAGGUGUCUUUUAUCAUAUGUGGGGGAUGUGUAAGGUAAUAAAAGCUUUCUGGGAGAUGAUAUAUAAUGAAAUGGGGAAAAAACUUAUUACCUUUGUUAAAAAAAUAGAAGCCUUUUUAUUAGGAAUUAUAGGUCCCGACAUCCUAAAAGAUUAGAAAAUACUUUUUUAUGUAUGUGACAACAGCUGCUCAGAUGAUACUAGCCUAGAGAUGGAAAGAAGACAAAGUCCCUACCAGAGAGGAACGGCAAGCUAAGCUGAUGGACUACGCUGAGAUGGCAAAACUGACUGGAAAACUCAGGAACCAAGAGGACAAAAACUUUAAAAAAAGAAUGGGAAAAAUGUAUGUUAUUUAGGAGACCGCCUGCAAGCAGAUGGAAACAUUAGCAGGAUUUUAAUCUCACUUGUAAUGUAACCAUGGAUAAUACGGAUUGAUAGAAAAUAUAGGUUAUGGAAUAAUAAUACGCAGUUAUAAAUGUUGAGAAUAAGCUGUUUCCCUCUCUGCUGCAGGAGGAAGUAUUUGGCACGGUGGAGACACCACGUCCUCCUGCGCCGGUUCCAGCACAGAAAGGAGAAGCGGCGCCUGGCAAGGGCAUGGGUGGUUUGGAAGGAUAGCUGCCAGACAGAGCUGGCAGUGCAAGCUUUGGUGAGUGUGUAUGAGAAACUCAAGGCGGGAUGAAGUGAAUAACCCUGUCGCUUUUGUUCAACCUCCAUCUGUUCCUGGGAAGCGAUCUGCAGUAAAAGGAAGCUCAGUGGUGUGUUGUUGUUUUUUAAAAAACCCCACUGUUUUUAAGUUUCUAGUCCAUAAGGGAUAUAAGAAGCUUGAUAAAUCAUGGGUGGUGCAGCGGUCAGGAUAACGAGCUGGGCUGCUGUCUCCCAGUCCAAAUCUCUGCCUCCCCCCCCCCCCACUGCACAGCAAAUCAUCCCCCCCACUGCCUUUCUCCAGGUUUCCAUCUGUAGAAUGGGCGCAGGUAAUACUGGUUUGCCUUUGUUGUUGUCAAUACUUGCUGGGACGAUGCAGGUGAGGUGUUUAUAAGCACCUGCAGCCUCUUUCUUACGGUGGAAAAGUAAUUAGCACUAUUAUUUUUUUAGGCCCAGGGUUGCGUUCAGAUGGGAAGAUUAUUCUUUUCGUGGGAAGGUUAUACAACAUCUGCUGUCCGCUGAGCAGUCAUUGCAGCUUAUGUGCUGGGAGUCUGCAACAGAGUUAGAAACUCAGAUAUAUAAGAUAGGCUCCUUAAACCAGGGUUAGUCGCCGAAACGGAAUGCCCAGUAGCCUUUUUUGAGCAGGCAGCUCGAAAGUUGUGUUAUUCAGUGCUUUUUUUUGGUUCCUGAAAUUUGUUCGGAUAAAAUAUCGCAGAUAGAAUUCUACAGGAUGUGUUGCUGGUGUGUGAAAACAGGCAAGAUUUGGGGACCCCUAGGCAUACGCCUCCAGAUGGAGGCGACAUCAGGCACUAUCCUGGCACUCAGGCACCUUCACUCGAUUGCAAAAUGCCCCUGGCAAAUCUCGAUCACUGUUUACAGCCAGAUUUAAUAUGUUUCCCUCGAUGAUAGUGAGAGGAAGAUAUUCAGCUCUCCCAGAAUCAGAGCAUCUCUGCAAAUGUAGUAAACAGGAACCUGAUGUUGUUGUUGUUUAGUCGUUUAGUCGUGUCCGACUCUUCGUGACCCCAUGGACCAGACCACGCUAGGCACUUCUGUCUUCCACUGCCUCCCACAGUUUGGUCAGACUCAUGUUUGUAGCUUCGAAGACACUAUCCAACCAUCUCGUCCUCUGUCGUCCCCUUCUCCUUGUGCCCUCCAUCUUUCCCAACAUCAGGGUCUUUUUCCGGGGAGUCUUCUCUUCUCAUGAGGUGGCCAAAGUAUUUGGAGCCUCAGCUUCACGACCUGUCCUUCCAGUGAGCACUCAGGGCUGAUUUCCUUCAGAAUGGAUAGGUUUGAUCUUCUUGCAGUCCAUGGGACUCUCAAGAGUCUCCUCCAGCACCAGAAUUCAAAAGCAUCAAUUCUUCGGCGAUCAGCCUUCUUUAUAGUCCAGCUUUCACUUCCAUACUACUGGGAAAACCAUAGCUUUUACUAUACGGACCUUUGUUGGCAAGGUGAUGUCUCUAGUUUUUAAGAUGCUGUCUAGGUUUGUCAUUGCUUUUCUCCCAAGAAGCAGGCAUCUUUUAAUUUCGUGGUUGCUGUCACCAUCUGCAGUGAUCAUGGAGCCCAAACUCUAGAAAUUGAUAAAUGGUAGGGUUUUGAUUUAAUUGGGAUGUGGAUGAUGAAAGUACAAACUGCAGAGCUGUGCUGGACAGGGAAUCCCUAGGCUAGGUAAAGGUAAAGGGACCCCUGACCAUUAGGUCCAGUUGUGGCCGACUCUGGGUUUGCAGCGCUCAUCUCGCUUUAUUGGCCGAGGGAGCCUGUGUACAGCUUCCGGGUCAUGUGGCCAGCAUGACUAAGCCGCUUCUGGCAAACAAGAGCAGCGCACAGAAACGCCAUUGACCUUCCCGCCGGAGCGGUACCUAUUUAUCUACUUGCACUUGCACGUGCUUUCGAACUGCUGGGUUGGCAGGAGCAGGGACUGAGCAACGGGAGCUCACCCCGUUGCGGGGAUUCAAACCGCUGACCUUCUGAUCAGCAAGUCCUGGGCUCUGUGGUUUAACCCACAGCGCCACCCGCAUCCCUAGGCUAGCUUAGGCAAAAAACCCUGGCUGGCCUAACAAAGAGUGAAUCUUGUUAAUACAACAAAAGGAGUUGAUGGGGCCAUCCCAGAGGAAUCCUUUUGACAGAUGCUGCCAAGAUGGGCUGUGUGUUUGAGGUUGCAGGAGAAAAGAUUUUUUGAGCAAGAGGAGCUGGGAAGAAGAAAGAUUGGGAUCCAUCUUGGGGAGGCAGGCUGCAAGAUGCCUUGGACUCCAAGGCCCCAUUGCUGUGGAGUCCAAGCCCCUUCUGAAUUCUCCCCGCAGGUGAGGCAGAGACUGGCGCAGUGGAGCUGGGCAGUCUGGAGGCGGCGCUGCCUGCAGAGCUGGGUGGCGGAGCGUUUCCUGGCGGGCGAAGAGAGGCAGCUUCUUGAGCAGGUAAGGGCGAGCGAUUUCCCAAACUGGGCGCUGGGGGAGUGCUAGGGUUUCACCCAAAAACCACUGGUGGUGUGCUGCGGGACAGGAGUCCAGCAAGCAAAAGCUUCCCUCCCAGGCACCUAUAGCACAACUUCCCUUAGAAGAGGUUGCCCGCUGUGCCUCUGCAUGCUUCGCGACGCUCCUCCAACAUUGCGUCCCGCUGUGGUUUGGCUGAUGCUCUUCCUGCCUCUGCCAAGGAGUCUUGAGAGCUCCCAAAGCAAUUCCCCCUGGAGGUUGGCUGUUGCAGCUCUGUAGUGAGUCACUGUUCUGGGCCCAGACUCUUGCCAUUCGGUGACUUGGACAGAAGCACAGUUCUUUUUCAGCUUUGUAUACCGGUACAUAUACUAUGGAACUCCCUGCCUAUUGACAUUUUUGCUUAGGCAGGCCUACCCAGAUAUGCAAAAUGUUGAUGUGUGUUUUAAUCCGUUUAGCUCUGGGUUUCCCAAAUUUGUGUUUUCAGCUGUUGUUGGACUACCAUUCCCAUCAUCCAUGGCCACUGGUCCUGCUAGCUAGGGACGAUGGGAGUUGUAGUCCAAAAAUAGUUGAAAACCAAAGUUUGGGAAACCCUGGUUUAGCUUAUCGUUUAUUUUUUGACCGUUGCAAAGAAUUGUUUGAAAAUUCCCUUGUUGUAUUCUUUUUGUAAACCGCUUUGAAUCUCAAAAUCCUAGCAUCCUAGAGUUGGAAGGGACCCAGCCAACAUGGGCAGGGUAUAAAUAUUGCUAUUAAUCACAGCUAAACAAUCAGGCAGAAUAUAAAUGUUAUGAAAUAAGUAAAUCGGACGCAGAGAAAGACCCCAUUAUCCAAGCUGGGGCAAUUUUAGUGUUUCAGUUUCUAGAUACCAAAGCAGGGAAGUGUUAACAGAAAUGUUAAGAAAAACUUAUUCCACGAGGUCAGGCUAUUUUGUCCCAUCUAGCUGGCCAAGAGGAAAGAAAAGGAUCAUCUGUUUGUGUCUCAGGGGAGCAUAUUUGACAAUAGGGCUUGGAAUGUUGGCCCCUUGAGGUCACAGUCAGCUGCUUCCCCCAAACUCCGCAGUGAGAGUACCUGCUAUCUCUGACCCUUUCCAUCCUUUCCCCCCCUCAGGCUUUUGGAAGGUGGCGGCAGCUGACAGCCUCCCGUUCAGAGGGCAGAGGUGACUUCUAACAGGCCUAAACAUGUUUUUUUAAGAUUUCUGGGGCAGCGAGUGAGUCUGCAGGCAAAAGGAAACGGCAGCUUUCCACCCCCAUUUUGCCUGCAAAAGCCUUGGCAACUGAAAAUUCUCCAGCCUAAAAGAUUACCACUUGGAAAAGCCCAGAACCUUUAUAGGAAGCAUGAGCUUCCCAUCACAAAUCUCUUCUCUCUCUGGUGGAACGAGCACUCGUCAAUUUUUUAUUGCUCAAUAAACACUAGCAGCCUCAA